CAAAAAACUAUUUUUAAAAAAAGGGGGAAAAAAGGUUCUGAACGCCUGAAUCAAAGUGUGACGUCAUUAAGUUCACAGCUGCUGUUGUGAAGUGAUGUGACAGCUUCAGUGUGUGCAUUUGUGUAUAUUUUGUUCAACCAUUGUAUGUAUUCUUUGACUGCUCAGUGUGUGUCACUCUAGCAUUUCUUUGUGUGCGUAUCUGCAACACAAUCACUACUAUCUACUAUAUUUUGUGUGUGUAGUUUGUUGUUGUGAAUCAGUUCAUCGGCUGGUUGUGUUUGUCUAUUUUUUUUUUUCAAGUCACAGUUGCUGUUUGCCUCCCUCAUAGUGAGCAUUGCCAUGGCAACGGCACCAGCAGCGCAGUGUGAAGUGGCUGAAGAGCUUCUUGUGCUCAGUGUGAUGCAGAGAGAGGCUGCUUUCACACAAAGACGCCAUUGGUCAGGCUGUGUGAUGAUGUCACUUGUGGUUCAGCACGUCUUAUUUUGCAGCUAGAUGUCUCUCAGAUCGACUCAUGUCGCUUGGUCUACGUGCGCGUCUGUGUGUUUUCACGCUAUUGAUGCUGAUAGGUCAUAGUUCAAAAGGAGGACUCUUGACAAAAGCUAUAAGGAGCAGAGCGGAGAUGGAGGAAGAGAAGCAGGGAGGAGGAGAGGGGAGGCUUGUGUCGAACUGAGCAUGCUCUUGAUGUUUAACUUCCUGCUCUUCUCUUCCUGACAGAGAGGGCCGUUCACAGAAGGCGGCAUUCAGCAGCGAGAAGAGGAAGAAGACGGGAGCGCCUCUGAGCACAGCUGAGGGGAAUUCAGUCCAAACUCAAGAAGGAUUUACAGCUCUGGACUUUUAUCCUUUUUUAAAACCCUCCGUUUUUUUCUGUUGGAGGACGAUUUAUUGAUUGAAACUGACUUUUACGUUUUUUUCAUAAGUUGUCUGUACUUGCCUGAGAGGUAAAAACUUUUUUUCUUUUUGCUCUGUGAACCUUUUUUUUCCCCCAACAACUUUGAAGGAAACUCAAUCAGCUAAAGGGGAAUUUUCUGGCUUGCGUCACUUUUCAUUUUCCGUUUUUGUUAUCUCUCUGCCUUUUCCUGAUUAUGUUUGGCUUCUCAUAAGAGGAAGAAGAGGAGGAGGCUGUUUCUCAAGAGCCUCGCUAAAAACGUUUUGGAUUUCGGUUAAACAAGGAAAGUGAUAAGUUUCUUCUCUGAAAAUGGGAUCUGAAAAGGACUUGGAGUCGCCUCACUCAUCUGUCAGCGGCAUCCCCAACCCUAAGUGCCAUGCGGCAGGCAAGCGCCAGCGCCGCAUCUCAUUCCACAGCCUCUUCCACAGCAAGCGGAGCUCCCGGAGCGCCAGGGCUCCAAAAGGAGCAGCGGCCACCUCUUUAACGCAACAUCACUUCACACAACAGCAAGUGCUCUCUUCUACUUUGAGUUCAGCCCCCGUCACAUCUGCUACCCCCUCCGCCACAGCAGCCACGACCAGACAGGAUGCAGCCUUUAGCACCCCUUCAAAGCCUCUCUCCUCCAGCCAGCCGUCCCUCGGUGGCGCCGCUGCUGCCGCCUUCGGGGAGUCCAACCUCCUGGAGUGUCCCCUGUGCCUGGUGCGUCAGCCCGCCGAGCAGCUGCCCGAGCUGCUGGGCUGCAGUCACCGCUCCUGCCUCUGCUGCCUGCGCCAGUACCUGCGCAUCGAAAUCACCGAGAGCCGAGUUCAGCUCAGCUGCCCCGAGUGUGCCGAGAGGCUGGCCCCGCGGCAGGUAGCGGACAUCCUGGACGACGCGGCCCUGCUGGAGAAGUAUGAGGAGUUCCUGCUGAGAAGAUGCCUUGCCUCCGACCCAGACUGUAGGUGGUGCCCCGCGCCUGACUGCGGGUUCGCCGUCAUCGCCUCGGGCUGUGCCAGCUGUCCCAGGCUGGUUUGUCGCAGAGAGGGCUGCGGCGCCGAGUUUUGCUACCACUGCAAACAGGCAUGGCACCCCAACCAGACCUGCGAUUCGGCCCGCCAGCAGAGGGCGCAGUCCCUGCACACCCACAGCAACCACUCGCCCAGCUUCACGCAGGAGCAAGGACCUGCUGAUGACAUCAAGCCCUGCCCUCGCUGUGGCGCCUACAUCAUCAAAAUGAACGACGGCAGCUGUAAUCACAUGACCUGCGCCGUCUGCGGCUGCGAGUUCUGCUGGCUCUGCAUGAAAGAGAUCUCUGACCUGCACUACCUGAGCCCUUCAGGCUGCACGUUCUGGGGGAAGAAACCGUGGAGCAGGAAGAAGAAGAUCUUGUGGCAGCUGGGGACUCUGAUCGGAGCUCCGGUCGGCAUCACUCUCAUCGCUGGCAUCGCCGUUCCCGCCAUGGUCAUCGGGAUACCGGUUUACGUCGGCCGCAAGAUCCAUGCGCACUACGAGCUGAAGAAAUCUUCUCGCCACAAGAGGAAUUUAGCCAUCACUGGGGGCGUGGCCCUGUCGAUUGUUACUGCCCCUGUCAUCGCAGCCGUAAGCGUUGGCAUCGGCGUUCCCAUCAUGCUGGCCUAUGUGUACGGAGUGGUGCCCAUCUCGCUGUGCAGAGGAGGAGGCUGCGGCGUGAGCAGGGGGAAAGGCCGGGGUGUCCGGAUCGACUUCGAUGAGGACGACGGUCCAAUCACAGUGGCGGACGCAUGGCGAGCGCUCAAGUCUCCGAGCCUCGGGGAGAGCAGCCUAGAGGGAGCUGUCAGCGGUCUGAGCACCACCACCCCCAGCGAGGGGCUCUCUGUGGCCCCGGGGACUCUGGGAGACACCCCUCACUUCAACACAUUGGCUGGUGGCGCCUUGGGAGCUCGCACUGGCAAAUACAGCAGGCUGGAAGUUCAAACAGGAGAGCUGGCUAAAGAAUCCUCCCAAAGGGAGACGGGCAGUCUGGGAGCAGGAAGUGACUCCGCCAGCACCAGGGGGAUGGCAGGAUCCAUCAUCUCCUCCUACACCCUACCUGACAGGGACGGCACAAACCUGGAGAUCCAGGUGGACAUCGAGACCAAACCCAGCCACCUUUGCCUGACCAGCGAAGAGGACCUAGCACCACAUCCAGGCUGUGCUGCCACGGCGACAGGCUCAGGAGGGGAAGAACCCCAGGAUUGCAGCUCCAGAAGGGGCGGGGCUUUGUCCGGCUCAGUUUUGGGUCUCUCCCCGGGCGCAUCAAUUAGGGAGGGGCUUAGGGACGUCACUCUAGCCCAGCCGGAGAGCAUCCGGAGCGACCUGGAAAUGUCGGACACCCAGUCUGACGACAUCGCAGAGCUGACAUCCGAUGACUGCGACUCGCCUCACCCCAAUAGUCGCCACCCAGCUGCGGGCCAGCCGGCGCAGCCCACAUCCUGCAGAGCGCCCCCCACAGACGGCCUUCACUGUCCCACAGACAGCAAUGUCGUCCUCUACGUCUGAGGAGUCACUGGGGUUUGCUCAAAACGUUCACAGCCGGUCCAUUUCUGUCUUCAACAUGUUCAUCUCAUCUGCUACUUUUGCAACCUGCAGACUCUGUCUUCACUCCAGACGGCGUUUGUUUACUCCUGUCUGUCUGUAUGUCCGUCUGUCUUACCUGCCAGUCUCCUCUCUGAGUAAAUGGUCAGGGCUCUACCUCUGAGAUUUGUAAGAUAAGGACCUAUGUUUACUUCUUGGUGCAAAAUGCCUCGACUACUUAAGCAAAAAAGAAAAAAAAAACAGAAAAGGAAAAAAAUUUACAAAACUAACUUAAAAGUUGUUGCAAAGCUGAACUGACAAAAUGAGGUGAAAUGUCACCAAGCACAGCAGAGAGAAGCAGUGUUGAAAAAUGAAUGUUUGCUGAUGAUAAAAAAAAAAUCUUUUGUGUUUUACAGUGUAUGACUGAGAGUUUUUAACUUUUUUUCCUCCCUUUUUUCUGUAUUUAUAUUUGAACAACCGAGAAAUUGUAUUGUUUAAGUCACAAGUCUGCAUCAGCCAUUGUUUGGGAUGAAAGAGCAGAGAGUUUCUGUGACACUGAUGAAAGUUUACUUAAAAAGACGGAGCUGCACUUGAAUGUAGCUUCGUUUGCGUGGAGGAAGAGGAAGAGGGGCGUCCACACAGCAGAAAUGAAUAAAUGAGAGAGUUCUGACGGCAAUGCUGAGAACUGAGAAACAGCUGAAAAAAAGCCUUUUUAUGUUUACUCCAAAAAUAUCUAGCCAAGAAGAGUGAAAGUAUGAAUAUUUUAAAUAAAAGUGACUCAAAAACAGCAGAAUCUAUGAAAUAUGGAGGCUGUAAUGUAGAAGAAUCAAGAUGUUCUUGAAAAAGUGAAAGUUUCCUCUUUUUUUUUUUUAAGGAACUUCUCUUUUGAAUUUUUUAAGGCGGUUUUGUGUAGACAAAAGUGGAAAUAGGCGAUUAAAAGUUUAAAAAUUUUUACUUAAAAAAGUAAAUCAGAAAUGCUUACAGAUUACAGAUUUCCUUUAAAGUUAGCUUUAACUCCAUUCAAAGAUGAGAAUCAGAAUUUAUAAUUUAUCUUUCCUUUAUUGGAUAAAUUACAUUAGAACAUUUUGGAUGGGAGGAAGUUUUUUUGACAUUUUAUCAGAACAAAGUGGAUAUCUUUAGAUAUUGGAACCAAAGAUAGGAACAGUUUUUGAGUGAAAACUCUCACGAGUGUCCAGUUGCUGUCAGAACCCUCCUCAUAUUUGUUUCUGUGGAGUGGUUGACCAGGUUUGUGUUUGCCAGCCGGCCACCCACCUGCCUUAUCGACCCUCGCUGACCAGCACAAAGACACACACCCGCCUGUUUUGUGGUGGUUCUGGCUUUGACGCGUUGACUGUCUGACCCAUUUCAGUAGUGUGUGUGCGUAAAUAUAUGUGUGUGUGAAAGGACAUACUUGUGUGCCCAACUUUUUUCAUUUUUUUUUUUUUUGACUGAGCACUUUUGCACUUUACCUGAAUGUAUCUUAAUUUAUCUGUUGUUGUUUUUCAUUGUGUGUUGCUGUCACUGAGUUUACUUGAGUAGCAAAAAAAAGUCUGUGGUACAACCAAACCAAUCCGCUACCAGACGGCCUUUUCUGUGGGAUGUAACUGAGGAAGAGUUUGGCUCUAAAAUAUUUUAAGUGUUGUCAAGUCCCUUUUUUUUAACUCUGAUUUUUUCUUUGUUUAAAUCAAAGCUGUGAGUGCUGACAGAAAGCAUGAUUUACUGUGUUUUUUUAAUUUAUUUUUUAAAAAUAUACUGUUGAUCAUUAUUACAGCCUCAUUUAGAGCCAAACCCUUCAAAACUCCGACACCGAUGAGCUCUUUUCAGCCAUAGCCUGACUCGUUUCUUAGCUUUGUAUCACCUCUGUGCUUCUGUUCAUCAAGGUUCCUCGCCAGGUUUUCCUUUCGAUUGACAAAGGAUCAGCUUGGGAACCUUUUUUUCAUCUCAGACUAGCUUUAUGGAUUCUGCUGCUUACGUCACUUGCUGGUGCUUUUUUUGGUCCCCACUUGUCUCUUGUUUCUGCCUGUCUGUGAAAAAAAGAAAAAAAAACACAAAUGUACCGCGGACAGAAACCCAGACUACCUGAAAAAGUCUGAUUGAGUGUUACGUUCCUUCAGGGACGCAGGUGGUUUAUUAUUAUUUUUUCUUAAUUUGAAAAGGUUUAUAGAUAGCAAUAUUUAAGUGUUAUUAUACGGUUUGUGUUUUCCUGUCACUGUUAAAGCCCCGGUUGAUGGGGUUGUACAAGCAGGACUGUGAAAAAUGACCUGUGGAGCUUUUGGUUGAAAUAAAUAAACACAGUAUAAUGUUACACCA